AUGCGUCGUUCUUGGCGUAUGUUCCAAGCAGCGGAGCGGGGGCCGUUUGACCCUUACCGCAUCUUGGGUCUUUCCCCCAAUGCGGGUAAGGAGGAAAUAAAGAAGGCCUAUCAUCGGCUUGCGCUGCGUUACCACCCUGACGGCGGGCCGGAAGGGUCCACGGAACGUUUUCAGGCCGUGAAUGAGGCGUAUGAGGCACUGAGAAGUGGUAAAUGGCGACCCGAGAAAGUGAAUAAGGACCCCAUGGAGGGUAAGGGAUAUGGAUGGGACCCACGAAUGGGAAUGUACGUCUACGAGCAGCCUGGAUCUACGACUGAGAAUUAUGUGGACAGUCGCACACAAACCAUCCUGCGUCUCUGCGUGUUGUGGACGGCAGCGUUUGUGGUCGUUCGCUUUUUUCUUCUCUGGAUAUUCCCCUUUUCAAGGGAGCUGCCAACCGUUGAGUGGGUCGCAGCGAAUAACGUGGGUGGCACCAAAGACGCGAGAUCACAAACGAGGGGACUCCAUGGAAAUGUCGGCACGUCACCGCAUUCUGUUCACGCAAACCAGGACACGGGGUUUGACGGCGCUCUGGAUAAUUCUGGUUCGACGUUUGCGCAUCUUGAUGCCGAUCCGCUACGGAGGAGAUGA